AUGGAAGCGGAUCCCAACAACCUCUCGAUCGAUGCGGUGCGGGAUUCAAUCUCUAGAUAUAUGGUCAAGCGGAUUGAGAGAAUCUUACUUAGAUUACCGAACAGGUCUUCCACUGUUCCUAUAUUAGCUAGAGCUGAGGGCCAGAAGGUAUCGCCGGUAUCGGAGAAAAGCAUGAUACCUCGUUGUAUCCCCCCUCAAGAAACAAAUUCUCGGACGGCUCCCAGAUAA